AUGGCCCCAGUAUCUAGCACCGGCUGUUGCGAGAACACCUCCGGCUCUCGGAGACUGCGACGCAGCUCGUCCUCUGGGAGCCCGCCAUCCACACGGAACAGAUGCUCCCCUCGGGGUGAAGGUUCUCGACCUCACUCCUGCAGCCGCGAUGGUCUCAGGCCUCAGUGGUAUAGGGUGGGCUUUCGUACUUCUUGCCGGGUUAGCCGCUGUGGGUCUCGAGAGCGGCCCUCCGGGCUCCGCACCUAUGCCUUUUCGGCUUCCUCCUCAAUCCACUAUAGCGGGUACCACCGCCACCAGCACCGCUAUACCGGAGACCGAGAGUGGGUAGAAGAUUAUGAAAAGGAAAAAGAAGAGAGCUAUCGGCAAAGGAGGCUGAAGGAGAGAGAGAGAAUUGGGGAGUUGGGAGCCCCUGAGGUGUGGGGGUUGUCACCAAAGUUUCCCGAGCCAGAUUCUGAUGAACAUACCCCAGUGGAAGAUGAAACAGAGAAUCAGAAGAGCAGCAGUUCAGAUUCCACCUCUGAAGAAAAAAGAAAGGCCAGUCAUUCAAAAAAGAAAAGGAAAAAGUCCUCCAAAAGAAAACAUAGGAAGUAUUUUGAUGAUGACACUAAUUCAGAUUGUGACACUAAUUCUAGCUAUGAUGAUAGUAAAAAGAGAGUCAAAAAAGCCAAGAAGAAAGAGAAGAAAAAGAAACACAGAGCCAAAAAGUACAAGAAAAAGAAGAAUAAGAGAAUUAAAAAAGAAUCCAGUGACACAAGUUGUAAAGUUUCAGAAGGAGAGUUGCCAGAAGGUAUCUGGAUUGAACGGUCUAAGACUACAAACAGCAUGGAUUUAAUAGGACCAGAAGCACCUAUAAUACGUACCUCUCAAGAUGAGAAACCUUUGAAUUAUGGCCAUGCUCUGCUCCCAGGUGAAGGUGCAGCUAUGGCUGAGUAUGUAAAAGCUGGAAAGCGUAUCCCACGAAGAGGUGAAAUUGGGUUGACAAGUGAAGAGAUUGCUUCAUUUGAGUGCUCAGGUUAUGUCAUGAGUGGUAGCAGGCAUCGCAGAAUGGAAGCUGUACGACUGCGUAAAGAGAAUCAGAUUUAUAGUGCUGAUGAGAAAAGAGCCCUUGCAUCCUUUAACCAAGAAGAGAGGCGAAAGAGAGAGAAUAAGAUCCUCGCUAGUUUCCGAGAGAUGGUAUACAGAAAAACAAAAGGAAAAGAUGACAAGUAA